GUGUGUGGAAGCAGCACUUCGGGGUUGAAACCUGCAUUAUUGUGUGAUCUGGAGAAUUGUUGGGGUAUCCUGGGUGUUCGUGCUCCGCUAGGCGGCUAGAGAAACACUUGCACACAGCAGGACUGGGGGGGCGAGAUGGAGCUUCCCGAUGCCCUCAGCCCAGACAACCCAGGCCAUACCCAGACCAUAUACCAGGCCAUCGAGGCUUCAACCCAGAGCCCCGUCCCGGAAGUCAGGAAGCCCGCCGAGCAGCUGCUCAAAGCUUGCGAAGAACUUCCCGGGUACACCUCCGUGCUAGCCGCCAUCGCCACAACACACGCCGCACCGACGGACGCUAGAGCCACGGCCGUUAUCCUGCUCAAGAACAUGGUCAGGGUUCGGUGGAGGUCGAGGGGCGGUAGGGGGGCUGUGGUUGGGGACAGGGAGAAGGCGGCGCUGCGAGAGGUCCUGGCUGGUGCUGGCAUGGAGGAGCCGGAAGAGCGGGUGGUCUCGCAGCUGGCCGUCCUCAUGGGCAAGAUUGCGAGGGUGGAUUGGCCGGGGCAAUGGCCGCAGCUCUUCCCUAACCUGGUGGCCUCUCUUGUGUCGGGCAUUCCCCGCCGACAGAGGAUGUCCCUGUGCGGCACCAACGAAGUGCUGAAAGAGCUUUCAAUGAAAAGGAUUGGGUUCGACAAGGCCUCCUUCAUCAAGACAUCGGUCGAUCUCCUUCCGGUGCUGUGUCAAGCUUGGGACAGCCAGUGGGCGAUAAUAGAGGGCCUCUUGCCGUCGGUAGCGGCGGGAAACGUUCCUGUCCCUGGUGGCUCUGACGGGGCGACGGCGGCCGUAGAGGCUGUCUCGCUGGGUACCGUUUGCAUAAAGAUAAUACGGCGGCUUUUGCAGUUCGGGAUUCCCGGGUUAGACCACCCUAGCAUAGAGCUCCUGUUUUCGGGCCUGCUACACCGGAUGCAGAGCGUGGUGGCAGCCCUAGAGCAGCACCAGGCCAAGGCGAGAGCUGCAUUAAACCCCAACUUAGGCGGGGGCAAGGAGGAGCGGGAGGCGGUAUUCUUGGGCGAGCUGCAAGAGCUGGCGGAGCGGAUGGCCUGCACGGCCGUCGACGCGCAGAAGGAUCAUCCCAUUGGCUUUCGGAGGUAUCUUUCGGCGUACCUGUCGUUCUUCUGCGAGCAACUGUCCGCCAUGGUCCGGUCCCGGGUGACUUGCCCGUCCAAGGGAGUAGGAGGAAAGGGAGCGGGUGUGGGUGCGGUUGCCGGGGGAGGGUUGUGGCGGGAGGCGCCUGAGACGUUCGGGGGCGUGGUGGACCCGCAGUCGAUUGGACCGUUCUGCAUUCAGUGCAUGUCCUUUGUCGCGAACGUCGUCAGCUGCUCUAGCUACCGGGAGGAGGUCCUUCAGAAGGUACAACUGUGCUGAAUACCUUUGAAAUACAGCUCUACAACUGCUGUUUGUUAUUGUUGUUCUGACAAUUAAAACCGUUCCGGUCUCAGCUCAUUACCUUCCAAUGCCCGUAUUUGUCCAACUGACGCGGACACCUUCCGUGGUCAUUAACCAAGUACUACCCAGAGGGGGUACUCCUUGAUAGGACGAAAUGAUGAAAAUGGACCCAGAAAAGAACUGCCCAAAACGCAGUACUAGCAUAGCACCAAGAAUAAUACUAGCAUAGCACCAAGAAAAGUGCUAGAAAAGCACCAAGCAAAGUGCUAGCAUAGCACCAAGGGAGCAGGAUGUGCAGUUAUUAUUCUUUAGGUCUUAUUAGCGGGUUUGAGCCGAAGCGAUGGGCCCCAUGCUGCUCAUGACCCCUGUGAGAUCGAGACCUAUCAAUAGAAAUACUAUUUUUGUGUUGUGUGGGCGUGAUGAUUUUCCGACCGGCCGGAGAAAUCGUUCACUGGAAACCCGAUCGAUAUCGCGGGGGAAGAGGAAUCGAUUAGGCAGCAAUUGCGUUUCCGUGUUGAGUCUCGGUUUUUCUCCUGGUCCUUACGCCGUUUCUCUAGCAUCUGCUGGUAGAUAUGGUAUAUUAUGUCCAGGUACCCGAGUUUGAGCGCGAUUCACAGGUCGCGGUAAAGCCACUUUCCACGUGGUGCGGUUAUUUGCUCACGGCAUGCAGGCGUGAACUUACAGCCCUGCAUGCCCUGAUUAUGCUGAGUGCGUUGUGCCGAUGGUGGCCUUGGGCAGUGAGAGCUUAAGCGCUUCUCGUGCCGCACACUUUUUGUGCGCAGUUCGGUAAUUCUGGGUGGUGUUGCCCGAUGAUGAACGAAGGCAUAACCAACCUUGUCUUUUGCUCUUUAUUUUCCGACUGAUGUACUGUGUCCCUAACCUCACAUCGACGGCGGCCCCGGCGAAGCACAGAAGGGUUUUUCAACAACCCUCUCCUCGUGAUUAGAUAAGACCGCUGUUCAAUGCGGAGGUUUGGGCAGAGAUUGACUAGUGCCCAUGCAUGAGGUUCUGAAGAUCGCGUCGAGGCAGGGCAAGUCCUUUUCCUCGUCGCGAUUUAUUAUAUUCUCCGAUCCGUGCUGUUUAUUUUAUUGUUUUUCAAAGGUUGUUGGUGUGUUAAAGUGCGCAAUGCAUAUGUAAUCAAAGAGCUCCAGUGGCCCAUCAUCUAUCGUCAUGCCACACCAGACGUUUUUUGCCCCGUUAUUGUGUUCUGAUUCCGAGCGGCAGCGGCGCAGCACGGAGUCGUUUUUUGGUUAUGUUUUGUUGUGUUCCGAACUUCCCGCGGCGAAACGACUAUACCUGAAAGGCAGCUCAUGGCCAGGUCGGCAUGGUUGAUGCAAACUCGCCCGCGAUAUCGAUGCACGAUUCGCAUCCCUGGAGCAGGCUCAAACAUACAAACUUCGAAGCAAGGUUGACGGAUUACAACUCUUACCACUUCCAUCGUGUAGUUCGUGUGGGUGUCUGUGUCGCAUGCUCCCGGGAGUCUUAACAGCAGAGCUACAUGCUCGGUGUAGUAUCUCACGCAGACCAACCUUCUGAGCAUUAAUGAGCAGGGCAGGACCAAGCGGAACCUGACUUUCCUGGCCCGACGCCUUUGGGUUGAUGCCGUCUUUUUUUUAUCCUCGUCCUCGUGAGCCUGACCCGCCAACCACACGGGACUGCUGCCCUGGCAGAUAUUGCGCGCGAGAUCUCAUCUGUGAUGAUGGACUUCUUCACCAAGGAACGGCGAGUAUUUCGUCCCUUCCAAGACCUUGGCCCUCUGUUUGCUUCGGGUCAGGGUUAGGUUGAGGUUAGGGUUAGGGUUGGACUCACCCUAAGCCCGAAGUUGUUUUUUCUUGGCACAAUAAUCCUAAACUUCGUCUUGCUCUUCCGCGGUGCCAUGAAGAAUAUUCUUCCUCAGGAUGAGCCGUUUAUGCUGUUGUUUACCCUGUUUUGGCGUGAUGUAUCACAUGCUCAGGCUUUCACCCCUCCCGCUGGGAUUGCGGAACCUACAUGGAUGAAUUUUAUCAUUUUUGCUUGUAUUAUUUUCGUGGUAUUCACCCUCUUUCCCUCUUUCCCUAUUGUCCUCUUUUCCUUGUUGUAUCGGUCCUUUCGCAGGACCCUUAGCCUCGGAUUACACCGCUGUACCGUGUCCGCUUGCUUCGAUUUCCCCGUCCUUCGCUGAUUAACAUCGUUCCCCCCGAUUGAUGCUUCGAAUAGCGUACAAGUCAUGACCUUCCUUGCCCCAUCCCAUUCCCUAUCCCCGUGCUUGAAUUUUGCUU